AUGAACGGCUCUCCUCAGAAAAAACACCUGGGUCAAGGAAUCCAAAAACAAAAUGAACUUUACCAGGGCCAAAAUGCGCUCUCGACUAUCGGAAUGCGUAUCCGUCAAUCCGUAGACCGUGGCUACCAGGUAAGCUCACAACAGCCCACGGUCCCACGCGAUGCGUGUCCCGUGCAAGACAACUCUGAAAUGACGAUCCCCAUGUACAAAAGAGUCCCCUUGCCAAACGCCAAACAGCCCCCAAUGCUGGUCAACGCACGCACAAUCUCGAGUUCCAGCUCCCUAGAGAUAUGGGAGAACCAGCUGGACGAAAGACUCGAGCUGAUUGACAACGACAUCAUGCGCAACAAGCGGGCGUUUGACCAAGUCGAAGACUGGUAA